GCCCACGGCUUAAAUGAUUCUGGUUCAGGAGCGUUUCUUAGUUCAGACGCGGACGGAGAGCAGACAGUCUGAGUCUCCUCCUCCUCAUCAUCCUCCUCUUCCUCCUCCUCCUUCUUUCUUCUUCCUCCAUCUCUCAGUGUCUCUCCUUUUACUCUCCAUCCAUCAUCCAUUCGCACGCGUCUUUUGGAUACCUACCUCUGCUCAGUGCGCGUCAGCCCUGCCUUGGAUCAGUCCAUCAUCCUCCACAUGUCAUCCCCACUGUAGUCCCACUGGAAGCUGUAUUUACAGUAAUGAUGCCUGGCUGAAACACUCGCAGUUGUUUCGUCUUGCAGCCAAACGAAGCGGGAAGCGCCGACAGAAGAGAAGAGCUUGGCUUUCUUUCCUCUUGGAGCUUGGCACUGCGUAAUGGAUUUACUGUUGUCGGACAAAAGUUGGAUUUCGUGAAGAACCCGCUGGAGCCCUAACAUGGACAGAAUAGGAAGGCGUUUUUAGAAAGGUGUAUCUAGGUUGGAAACGCACCGUGAGAGGAAAUGCACAGAGCGUGGAUACUCUUCUUUCUCAUAGAAGAGGGUUUUGCUCUGGCACAGAGAACUAAAGACUCCCCGACUGAACAUGGCGGCCAGACCCCUAACCAGAACGAAUGUGGAACGUGGGUCCGCAACAUCAAUGGCGGGGUGUUCACAUCCCCCAAUUACCCUAACACAUACCCGCCCAACAAGGAGUGUGUUUACAUCCUGGAAGCUCUCCCUAGGCAAAGGAUUCAACUGGCUUUUGAUAAGAAUUACUACAUUGAGCCAUCGUUUGAGUGCCGCUUCGAUCACAUCGAAAUUCGUGAUGGCCCAUUUGGGUUCUCUCCACUUAUUGACCGCUUCUGUGGAGGCAAGAACCCAGGGUUGGUUACUUCAACCGGACGGUUCAUGUGGAUCAAGUUCACCAGUGAUGAAGAGCUUGAGGGCCUUGGCUUCCGCAUCAAGUACACCUUCAUUGCAGACCCUGAUUUCCAUCUGCACGUGGGCGGACUGCUAAACCCCAUCCCAGACUGUCAGUUUGAAAUUGGAGGAUGGGAUGGGAUUAUACGCUCCAGUCAGGUGGAUGAGGAAGAGCGAGUGAAGCCUGGAGAUGCUCUGGACUGUAUCUGGACAAUCAGAGCUCCUCCACAGUCUAAGAUCUACCUUCGCUUCAUGGAGUACCAGAUGGAACAUUCCAACGAGUGCAAGAAGAACUUUGUGGCUGUGUACGACGGCAGCAGCGCCAUCGAGAACCUCAAGGCCAAGUUCUGUAGCACUGUGGCCAAUGAUGUGAUGCUGGACAACGGUGUGGGGGUCGUGCGAAUGUGGGCCGAUGAGAAGAGCCGCCUCAGCCGCUUCCGCAUGCUCUUCACCUCGUUUGUUGAUCCCCCCUGUUCAGCCAAUACAUUCUUCUGCCACAGCAACAUGUGUAUUAACAACUCUCUGGUGUGCAACGGAGUUCAGAACUGUGUUUAUCCGUGGGAUGAAAAUCACUGCAAAGAAAAGCGAUCUAAGGGCCUCUUUCACCAGAUCACUAAGACCCACGGCACAGUCAUCGGUGUCUCAUCAGGCAUAGUCCUAGUUUUGCUGAUCAUCUCCAUCCUUGUCCAGAUGAAACAACCAAGAAAGAAGGUCGUCGCUCGCCGACCCGGUGUUUUCAACAAGGCGGGCUUCCAGGAGGUCUUUGACCCACCUCACUAUGAGCUGUUCUCCCUCCGUGACAAGGAGAUUUCUUCAGACCUAGCUGAUCUCUCUGAGGAUCUGGACAGCUUCCACAAACUGCGGCGGUCCUCCACUAUGUCCCGCUGUGUCCACGAGCACCACUGUGGCUCUCAAGCCUCGGUGACGACCGGGGGUGGCAGUAUGAAGCACAGCCGUACCACCCUGAGCUCCAUGGAGCUUUCCUACCACAACGACUUCUCCAAGCCACCGCCUAUGAAGACAUUCAACUCUACAUCCAGCUACAAGAAGAGCUGCUAUGGCUACAAGCAGCACUCACAAACUCACGACUGUGACCAGCAAGUCAUCGAGGACCGCGUCACAGAGGAGAUUCCUUGUGAGAUCUAUGGGCGUGGUGGAGGAGGAGUGGGAGGAGCUACAGGUGGAGCCACAAUGGGGGGAGCAUCAGGGAUUGCAGGAGGAGGGAUCGGAGGAGCAGUGGGGAUAACAGGAGGAGUGUCUAUGGGUGGGGGGAUGGGGAUAGCUGGAGGAGUUACCAUGGCAGGGCCGAGUGGCAUCGCUGGAGGCAUCGGUGGAGGGAUGCCGGGAAUGGCGGGAAUGGCAGGAAUGGCAGGAAUGGCUGGAAUGGCGGGAGCCUGUGGGACCCUCAGCGUCCGUGGCAACAGCGCUCGCAACAGUACCACCAUAGUUGACCCACAACAGCGCUCCAUGUCCAUGGACUUUUAGAGCAGCUAAAAAGGUAGAAGAAAAGAAAUGCAGUCAGAGGUUGCAUUUCAUUCAUCACAGGAAAAGAAGGAAGAAGAGUCAAUAAAGUCCAAAACUGAUUACUUCUGUUCCCUGGUCUACCUUUGCUCUACACUUGAGGGAAACACUAAAGGAACUUCUCCAGAUAGAAUCAGAUCUGGAGGUCAGAGAAAAAUAAGGAAAAAGACUUUUGGAACUAAAAGGAACUAAAAGAAGAGAAAAAGACGCCCACUAUUAAAGAUACUGAGGAUGUACAAAGGGAAAAGGGUGGACACAUUUCAACUCUCCUCCAGUCUCAUAUUCACUAAAUCUCUCCUUUCACUAUAAACCUACAAUAUAAGGAGAGUCACAUCUAGAACUAAACUUUUCUGAACAAGCAACCACACCGAUGCAUAGAGAGAGAGACUUCAUAGACUGAAUUUUUACAUUUAUUCACUUGCCAUGCACAGAUAUAUGAUAUAUAGUGCGUCUUCUAAUAAUUUAUUUGAGUCUUUAUUUUUUUCAGUGUACUGUACUGUUAAAACCAGUAUAUAUCCAGCCUCAUGAUGAUGCUCGGCUUUUAACUCUUUAAUCUUUUUCAGAUGUUGCUGCGAUGAUUUUAUGAAGAUGGUUUAUCAAUGACAUGUGGUGUAGAUGAUGAUGAGGUUAAAGAAGCUGCUGGUGUUGGUUACGAUCAUAACAAUAAUAAUGAUGAUGACAAUGAUAACGAUGUGAUAUUACUAUAAUAAUUAUGUAGUUUAUGGUUACCUCACACACACAAGGAAGGUACGCUCGGUUCAGUCUCUCCUCAGGAAGAGCACAUGAAGAGACUGUCUUAUUUUGGUAAGAAAAUGAGAAAAAAAAAGACUAUUUUUGCUCUGUGAGCUUAAUUGCAUAUGGGCAUUCAGGCAGUGAGUGAUCAUUUACGGAAUAUGAAAUGUUUGGUUGUGAGAUGUGGACUCAAUCAAAAUAAAAACCAUCCCACUCCCAAAACUUAACCCUUAUCAAGAGAAAUAUAUAACUUCUCAAUUUCCCCCAUGAACUGAGUGUGUAAAACAAGCACAACCUGUUUCCCUAAAGAGACAGACAUGUAGCCUAUAUGGAAUUCAUUUAUGAUUUUAACCACUGGUUGUAUAAUUUCAUUAUGUUGAAUUAAACGAGAGCGUACUCACCUC